AUGGACUCCAUCCUCAAGUACGCGCAAAAGGCGCAGAAGGCCUACAACCACUACGGCAAAUCCGAGGUGGAGGUCAAGGUCCUGGAGGCGACCGGCAAGGAGAACUGGGGCGUCCACGGCCAAGCGAUGAAGGAUAUCGCCAGGCACACGCGGAACCGGAGCGACUGCGGGGAGAUCAUGCGGACGUUGUGGCAGCGCCUGGAGCACAGGGGCGACGAGUGGAGGCACGUCUACAAGGCCCUGACGCUCAUGGAGUUCCUCGUGGCGCACGGCGACGAGAGCGUGACGCGUCAACUCCAGCAGAACAUCUACGAGAUCGAGAGGCUCGAGAAUUUCCAGUACAAGGAGCCGAGCGGCAGGGACCAGGGCAUCAACGUCCGCCAGAAGACCCAGACCCUGGUCAAGCUCCUCAAGGAUCCCGCCGCCAUCGCCGCCGCGCGCGACAAGGCGAUCGCGAACCAGAACAAGUACGGCGGCAUAUCGUCCGACCAGGUCCGCAGCGGCGCCGUCCCUCGCUCGCCGGCGCCGCCGUCCCCGUCGAGGGAUUGGGGGCGCGACUCCAGUCGCGACGAAGAACGCCGAGGCGGCGGACACGUGGACGCGUUCUCAUCCUCCGCGAGGUCCGCGCCCCCGUCGGGACGCCCGCACCACGCCGCCGCGCCCGCCGCCGCGCCGUCCCACCACGCGCACAGCUCGUCGCAACCAAACUUCGCCAACUUUGACGAAGACGACGACUUCGAGGACACCAACGCGGCCACCGCCGGGCCCAAAUCUUUCGUCCCCAGGAUCGUCAUGUCCGCCAAGCCGGGAUCCAACGCGUCCGUGCCGAGCUCCCCGGCGCCCCUCGCGCCCCCGCCCGGGUCCGCGGGGCACAGCAGGCGCAACACGGCGUCCGGAACGUCCGGGGACAUCUUCGCCGACUUCGCGACUUCGACGACGGUGGCUAAGCCGGCGGCGGAUCUAUUCGGGGCGGCGCCGGUGAGCGCGGACCCGUUCGCCGCGCCUCCCGCGGCGGCGUCCAAGGCGGCGACCGGGACGGACGAUCUGUUCGGCGACUUCGCGGCGCCCGCCGCGUCGGCGGCUCCCGCGAAACCCUCGGUCGAUCCGCUCGAUCUGUACAACGCGGCUCCCGCGCAUCCGGGGAUCGGAGCCGGCGCGAGGAUGGGCGUGGGCGCGGGCGGCGGGAUGUCGCCGGGUCCCGCCAUGAUGACAGGCGGCAUGGGCCAGAUGGGAGGGAUGGGUGGGAUGAACCAGAUGGGGGCCAUGGGAAUGGGUCAGAUGGGAGGCGCGGGGAUGAACCCGCAGAUGGGCGGCGCGGGUCCGGGCAUGGGAAUGGGGAUGAACCAGAUGGGCGGGAUGCAGAUGGGAGGCAUGGGUGGAAUGAAUCAGAUGGGGGGAAUGGCUCAGAUGGGGGGCAUGGGUGGCAUGGGUCAGAUGGGGGGCAUGGGCUCCCCCGCGCCCGCGUUUCCCAAGCGCACCCCCGCGCCCCCCGCCGAUCCGUUCAACACGUCAUCGUUCGGCUCUCAGCCGAGCCCGCCGCCGAAACCCGGGCACGGGCACAAGAAGAACAGCUCGAGCGGCGACGUCCUCUCCGAUCUCACCUCCGGGAUGAUGGGCAUGGGCGUGGGGAAGAAGCAGGGCACCGGGACGCCGAUGAAGGCUGGGGGCAAGGGCGGCGCGUCGCUUCUCGAUUUUUAA